GUAAGCCGAUUUUUGACGGCUGCUUUGUUGUUUUUAUGCGUUUUUGAUGCAAAAUGCAGUAAUUUUAUGUCGGACUCAAACCUGGAGAAACUACUGGCGAUGGAGAACGAUCUCAUUCAAAUAUCGAAUUAUUUGUUAAGACAAGAGGCUGCAAUUCACGGUGACGAAGACGUCCAUGGGCUGUACAAGAUUAAUAGUACCGUCGAAGAUACCAAAAUCAUUCACAAGAAAAUCGCCCGGAAGACUUUGACAUAUCUGUCUCAUCCAGUCAACGUGUACCAUUUGGUGAAACGCUUAAACGAACAAUGGGGAGAUGUCGUGAAAUCCAUCAUGGAGAGUGACUACUGCCAAGAAGCUCUGGAAAUUCGUCUCAAGAACGUCCUUGACAACAUCCCGACCCAGAAUGACGUAAAAGAAAUGGCCAGAAGCCUGGUGCUCCUGCAGUAUUACCACGGUAUUGACCUGGAUGACAUGAGCAGAGGGUCAAUACGCGGGGAGGAUCCACUGGAGCCCGUCACACCCGACGACGUGUUCGACAUCGGCAAAACGGCGUACGAAGUCGAGGACUACUACAGCGCCAUCUUGUGGCUGCAGAAGGCGACAGAUAUCUACAAGCAUCUUCCGGCAGAUCGAGCCUCCGAGGCCAGUUAUAACGAAACCAACACGCUGAGUAUGAUGGCCUCUUCAUACUAUAAGCUUCGCCGAUUGUCCAAGGCAGUUACGAUUCUGGAUGACCUCAUCAAGAAGGAACCCGGAAACAACCGGCUCAAGCAAACGAAGGCUUAUUACCAAGAACGCAUCAAGUAUUACGGUGAUAUUAACGACCCCCCAAGAAGGUCACUUCCUAAAGACAAGGAGAUGAAGGUUUACGAGAGGCUCUGUCGAGGAGAAACGUUAAAGAGCAACCGAACUUUGUCCCGUUUGACAUGUCACUAUCAACCAACGUGGAAAAAAUUCAUUCGCGUCAAAGCCGAAGUCAUGAACCCUGAUCCGUUAGUAUUGGUACUACAUGAUGUUGCGGACUGGGACACAGUAGAAGCAAUCAAACACAUGGGUUACAGACAGAUGACAAAAACGGCGCUAGAAGAUAAAUUCCGACAUUCUUUCCCGAGUGUUACAGUACAUGAUCGCACCUCGUGGGGUUGGCUGAAGAAGGUCGAAAACAGAUAUAACGAACUCGAGGGACUUCUGUACUCACCGAUGCACCAGAGUAAUUUUGAGGUUCGUAACUUUGCCAUGGCAGCAACAAUGGAGCGCCCUAGACAGCCAUUAGCCACUUACAGCCAAGGAGGAGAAGUCGGGAAUUUCGUUCUCUUCUUGACCAAUGUGAAGGCUGGUGGGGAGAUCGUGCUACCAAGGUCAAAGACAGCGAUUAAACCACAAAAGGGAGCGGCGGUAUUCUUCUACGCCACGAAAGACUACGCUGGCGUAUGCCCGACUUUAUACGGAUCACAGUGGUUGUCUUGGAAAACCUAUUACGAACAACCUGCCCAAUACUGCCGACUGACGGAAGCUCCUAAACAUAAGAACGAUUAUUAGUAACGGAAUUGGGCUGGACAAGCAUCGUCAUCAGUACUGACUGAAGCUCCCCAGUGUAAGGACUAUUAUCUAUAACAGGAUUGGGGCCCUCACUGACAGACGAACAACCCGCCCAUUACCGCCUACUGACAUAAUUCCUCUGUCCCAAUUAGCCGCAGGCAACACGGCUUAGCCGGUGUGGUUUUGCUACGGCGCGUUUGAAAAAUGGAGUCAUGGCUCGACACAACUAUUUGACUUUUACGUGCAUGUGUACUUACUUUGCAAGAGUGCAAAGAUACAUAUGUACUGAGGAUUUAAUCUUUGUAUUAUAAAGGAUUUCAUCACCAGUGCGAAAAUUAUUGAUAUAAUUAUAAGCAUUGCGGAGCGAAUGAUAAAGAUAUAGAACUA